CAACAAAGUCAGUCCGGGGGACUUCUCGCUGGCACUCAAAUCAUCGAACACAAAAUCACCGUCAUGGGCGGACAUGAAAACUCAGCCCGGGAGUUUGGUAAAAUGUUUACAUGUCACGAAGACUUAUUCGAUCCGACUAAAGAGGAGCCGUCGAGUAGAACGCACUGCGUUAUUGAUGACCAGUCUACCUCGUUGGAAGUUAUGUCGACGACGUGGGAAGAAUGUUACGCUGCGCUGCUCAAGAUGUUUAUUCAUAUUUCGGACGGUAUCAUCGUUCCGUACAGCGUAGCCCAUCAUUCGUCCCUAGAGGUUGCAGAGAAAGCGAUCAGGUUGUUGAUUAGCGAGGCGGAAGGUAUCGAUCGGUGCAUGUGGCCGGUGAUUCUGGUGGCGGUGGACGUGGAGCCGGGUGUGGCGCGGGAAGUCCCCAGAGGGACGGCAGAGGAACUAGCGUUUCGCUUGGGGGUGGAACACCAUGAAUGCUAUAUAAAGAGAGAAGCGGAGGUUGAGGGGGUUUUCCAUCGCCUGGUCAAGCGGAUUAGGCAACAUCGCUGUCCUAAUGCCACGUACCCAAGUCCCUGAGUAUUAAAAAGGGGGUGCAUUGAAGGAUCACUGAUGUUCGGGGCAAUCCGUGUACUGGAGGACUCGAGUACGAGGGUUACGUUGUUUACGUAUCGCUUGUGAACACACACGGCACCCGAGAAGCAAAAAGCUACAGACCUGUGGGACAAAUAUAUCAGUUGUUUUCUGAAAUUCCCAUUAUUUCGAAGAUUGAUCAACUACUACAGUCUGCGCCCUUGAAAUGGUAUCCUGCCCAUGAUGCAUGGACGCUUUACUAUACUCUCUCUCACUAUAAAC